CAACUAUGUAAUCGUGCAUUGGUUUAGUUGCAGUUGAUUCGGUAUUAGAAGGUGUAUUAUAUUUAUUUGAUUUUAUUUAAAGUUAAAGAUUAGUACAAUUCUGGCAUUUUAAUAAUAAAUAAAAGGGUUAAAAGUAAAUAGGAUAAGAAUCAAUAAUGUUUAGAACAUGUAUAAAAGUGCUUAUCUGUUUGUUAAGUUUUAUUUGGAUAGGAGAAACCAAUGAACUGAUUGCCUUAGUGACGCUUUUUCGUCAUGGGGCAAGAACACCAAUUCGUUUAUAUGAGAAUGAUCCCUACAAAGCAGUAUCAUCUGAAAUUUGGCCAGAAGGUUUUGGACAACUAACUAAUCUAGGUAAGAAUCAGCACUACGAGCUUGGUCAAUGGUUUCGUGAACGAUACAAACAAUUUUUACCAGGCCGAUACCACAGUGAUUUUCUUGCAGUGAUGUCCUCUGACGUAGACAGAUGCUUAAUGUCUGCUGCGGCACAUCUGGCUGGACUGUACCCACCGAAGGAUGAUCAGGUCUGGAACGAAAGAUUAUCUUGGCAACCAAUUCCCAUCCACACAAGGCCGCAGAUGGAGGAUAUGCUUAUCGCUUCUGAAAGGCCUUGUAAGAAGCAUGAUCGGCUUUAUCAAGAACUAUUAAAUUCGAAAUCCUAUUUGACGUUUUUAGAACAACAGAGAGAAAUAUUAGAUUAUCUGUCAUUCCAUACAGGAGACAAUGUAACAAGUCUACGUGAUGUGUUCCUAAUAAACGACAAUUUAUUAGUUGAAUCUAAAUAUUAUAAUCUUACGUUACCGGAUUGGACGAGAAACGUCUUUCCACAAUUAUUAGCUCCAUUGGCACAACUUUUCAUUGCGUUGCCUGCGAUCACUCCAGAGUUAGGAAGGUUAAGAUCAGGUCCAUUAAUAGACUACAUAGCGACGUUUUUGGAAAACGCCCUAAAAUCAAAUAACACCCAAAAGUACCUAAUCUUAUCAGGACACGAUUUUACCAUUGGCACCUUGUUAACAACCCUCGGAUCAAACGACCACCCCCUAGCAGAAUACGCCUCUUCUCUUAUUUUUGAACUCAGAAAAACCAAGGAUAACGUACCAUUUGUAAACUUGAUGUUCAGAAAUAGUACCAACUUGUACGGAAUCAAAUUGAAGCAGUGUGUAUUCAAUUGCGAGUUUAAGCAAUUCAGUCAAAUCAUUGCUCCAGUAAGAACGAAUGUGUCUGUCUGGGAAAAGGAAUGUUCUGAUGUAGUGUUUUCGGAUAGACAAUUUUUCUUGCCUCAUGUUAGCCCUUUUAAUCAACUUCUACAAUACAGUUCAAGAAGUGGCCUACCACGAAAAUUUCAUCACGUAUGGCCAUUUCACUAAAGGCCUUGAUUUUCUUUGAGUUGGCCCAUUUUUAUACUACAUUUGAUUUUUAACUGAGUAAUAGUGCAGGUUUUGUGGCAGAAUAAUUUUGUCGUUCGAAAGAAUAUGUGAUUAAAAAGUUACCGAUAUUAAGAAUUUUAUCUUGAUUAUUUUAAUAUAAAGAAACUAAUUUAACUAUAUUUUUAAAUAAAUAUAAACAUUUUACUUCGUAAAAUAUAA